GAAAUCAUGGUUAUUCGGUUUCGCAAUAACUAAGCUCGGUCGAGGGUCUUCGGUAAAUUCCACUCGCCUGCCUUUUACAAUCAACCCGUGAAUUAUAAGUUUCUCUUACCGGACUGCACGCUUUUGGCGCACGUACCCAAAGGACACAGCUUUAGGCUGGCUACGUGAUGAGGAGAAUUUGUUUGAAUGGAGCGCCCGUCGUGUCAUGUCAUGUGAUGGCCACUGUCACGAGAAAAACCACGGACCCCAAGAUGUUUUUUUUUUAAGCUAAUCAGAGGAUGAUUUCGAAAUGAUGGUAUAAUAUAUCAGCGAUAGAGGUCAGAAAGGAAAGUGAGAUAUCUCCACAACCGAGAGGUUGAAACUUAUUUUUGGCAUCGUGAUACAACAUGUCGACCCUUCCAAAUGACAAAGCCGACAUUCUCAAGAUGACGUGCGCAACGGCCAAACAAAUUGCCAAGGCGUCUGAAGUAACAGUUUUCUUUCUGAUUUUCACCGGUAUUGUUAUCAACGCCACAGUCUGCGGAGUCAUGCUGAAAAACAAGUGUGUGCUAAAAAACUUGUCAAACUUUUUUGUAUUUCAUUUAUCUGUGGCAGAUUUGAUAUUUCGGGUGUUAACCGUGGGACCUCUGAUAUAUCUGAGCACAGUAUUCAGCACAAAGGAGGGGACUGUCCCAUGCAAGCUCCUGCAUUUCUUCUCCUCUGCUUGCGGUGCGGCUUUUUUUGUUUCGCUUCUAGUGAUUUCUGUUGAUGUGUAUCGUGACGCGGCAUACCCUUUAAAAGGUCUUAUGUCACGCCGUACGCCCUUUGUUGUGGUUUUUGUUGUUUGGUUGUACGCAGCUAUCUGUAGCGGACCAUUAAUGUACAGUGCACAGAGUAUCCUCUACACGCAAAUAUCAGAAGCUGAUCAAAAUUUAACGGAAGAGCUGAAAAACUGUAGCGUCCCUAAACUGUGCGAUUUGUAUCAGAAUUGGAGUGGGCAGCUUUCUACCACCAUGUACUUUCUGUUGGCUUUUACUGUUCCUUUGAUUGUCAUGGUUUUCUUGUUUGUUGUGACGUUUAUUUAUCUCAAGAAAGAUGUCAAAAAUGGUACCAUCAGCAAGGAGACUGCCAACGCAAAGAAGAAAAUCACGCGCAUGCUGAGUGCACUUUCUAUGGGCGUGGUCAUCUGUUGGGGCCCUUCUGUGUUCAUCUCCAUGCUUCGCUCUUUUGACGUCCUUGCUGAAGUGCGCCCCGACAUUGUUUUGAUCCUUACAAUCAUAACAGAACUGAUGAAGUUUGUUAAUUCACUCUUCAAUCCAUUAAUUUUUGCUUGUUACAUACCCAAUUUUAGGAAAGAUUGGUUUGGGUUCUGCUUAUGCCACAGGUGCCGAAAGGAAGAGAUCGAAACUCCGAAUCCCGCCAUACGGAGAAGGCAAAUCCAGUCCACAGAAUAUCGUGACAGCCAGACAAUGAUGUGACGCUUUACUUAUAGUGUGACAGCGUAAUACUCACAACUUUGAUGAUUUGGGAAUUGUACAGCCUUUUUAAAGAAAGCUCAAAUCAAUCAUUGAUGCGAGGUUUUUGUCUCCAAGAUAAUUUUUUCGCCGACCGAUUACGUUUAUUACGCUGGAGAGAAACUGAGAAGAAUUAAAAGUCAAUAAAUACAA